AUGACACGUGCAACACGGCAAAAAGAAAAGGAGGAGGAACAGGCCGGACGUCGCGCGGUAUGGAGGCUGUCUCAACAGACCGAUAGGGAGGGUGGUGGCGGCUCUAAAGGUACUAAUGCGUCCGCCGCGCGUGACAGAGGGCUGAAAAAAUUGGCGGGAAAAAAGGCCGCGUUUGGACAGGAGAAGUCCGUCAAGAAGGCGGAAGAGAAGGAGAAGACUGCUACUACUGCCACAGCGAGCGUGAGUCUUGCAGUCCCGUCGGCGAAGAGAGAGGGGUCGGCGACAGGGGGAAACCAUGGCGACUCUCCCCGCGCCGAGCAUGGCGCAACCCAGGAGUCCGAGGCGGAGGCAUUCCAACACGGACUGACGCUACUCCAGCCGACCGUGGUCAAAAUUUCUGCUGCCGUGGUGGAUAAGGCCAAGGCGGGGGAACACAGCAUCGCCGACGUAGGUGGCUCUCCUCCUUCUGGUAGACGUGGGAGGCGUAGGCAGAGGAAGAGCGAUGGGGAAGAAGAGUAUGACACCGCCGUGCCCGAGGACAUCAAUACGCGAUCGAAGAGGCGGCAGACAAGCCGCGGUGCUGACGACGCCGGUGGUGCGGAAGUUGGGACAACGCGAGGCGCCAGGGAAGCAAGUGGCAAGGCGACGGGUCAUGCAUUGCGCAAGAAGGGCCGACCCGCAGCGAGGAGAACAUCCGGCGGAAGGAGGGGCAAGAAAGAUGAGGGGGAUGCGGGGGAUGAGGAGGAGGAGGCUGAUGAGGAGGAGGAUGCGGAGGAAGAGGAGGAUGAAGAGGAUGCGGAGGAGGAGGACGCGGAUGAGGAGGAGGAGGAGGAGGAGGAGGAGGAGGAGGAGGAGGAGGAGGAGGAGGAGGAGGAGGAGGAGGAGGAGGAGGAGGAGGAGAGGGACGACGAGGAUGAGGAGGAGGAGGAGGAGGAGGAGGAGGAGGAGGAGGAGGAGGAGGAAGAGGAGGAGGAGGAGGAGGAGGAGGAGGAGGAGGAGAGGGACGACGAGGAUGAGGAGGAGGAGGAGGAGGAGGAGGAAGAGGAGGAGGAGGAGGAGGAGGAGGAGGAAGAGGAUGUGGCGGCAUUGGGCCACCGUUGGAAGUGGCCGCUAGCAGUGCGGGUGGGCUCAACCAACCUCUUCAUUCACGCGAAUGCUCAAACCCUCGCCCACGCCGUCACCAAGGCCAUCGCCUUCGUGCCUCUGGGAAUCUGCAACGACACGGCAGCUGGCAUUCUCUUCCCAGGUACCCACACCUCUCUUCCCAGGUACCCACACCUCUCUUCCCAGGUACCCACACCUCUCUUCCCAGGUACCCACACCUCUCUUCCCAGGUACCUGCCUUCUCUUUCCCUCUCUUUCACCAGUCAUCCCAUGAGACGUCUCAAAAACACUUUCGGGGCUUCUAAGCGAGUUCCCUCUUGUCCUCUUCUAUUCCGUUCUCUCCUUGUCACUCCCUUGUCUCAUGGCUUCUUCUGCUGCGUUCCUCCUGGUCCUUCCCACCUGUCCUUGUCCCUCCCUUCUCCCCCCUUCCCAUUCUCCCCUCCCCCACUCUCUUGCUCCCACCAAGCCUACAGCCCUGCUGGGCUGCUGCUGCUUCAGCUCUCCACCUCCCUCCUUCCCGUUCAACCCUCAUCAGCUCUCUCCACCUGUUCUUGUUCCUCCCAUCCCCUCUUUCCCCCACUCUCCCCCAUUCUCCCUCCACCAGGUCUACAGCCCUACUGGCUGCUAAUGCUGCAGCUCUCCACCUUCCUCCUCGUCGCCUCUCUCACCUUCUUCGUGCAUGACCACGUGCCCUCCAUCCGCACUGCUGCCCGGCCUCUAGAGCCUUCACUGUAA